AUUGCAAAAUGGCGACCUCCACGAAAGUGAAGCACGUUGUUGCUGAUACAGGAGCGUUCAUUCGAAAUGCGCCUCUCCGUGACAUAGGGGAACAGAUUUACAGCCUGCCAGAAGUUAUUGGAGAAAUUAAGGAUAAAGCUACCAAACAGCGCCUUCAGUUUCUUCCCUACAAACUUGAAUACAGGGAACCAUCUGCAGAAUCGGUUUCAUUAGUGACCGAGUUUUCCAAGAAGACUGGAGAUUACCCUAGCCUGUCUGCUGUUGACAUUCGAGUCCUUGCACUUGCCUAUCAGCUAGAGAAGGAACAUGUUGGGACGAGGCACAUCAAGACAUCACCAGACACAAAGACAGAAAUUAAUCUCUCCACUCCAGCACCCAGUCAGCCUGCUCAGAUUGCUGGCUUCUACCUUGGAACACAGAGUGAGGAACAAUCUGGAUGUAUAUCAGAGACCAUUGAUGAGGUGGCUGCAACACUAGAGAAACAAACCGUUACUGAUGUCCAACAUUCAUCUCCAUCCCCCAGUGAAGUGACCUCACAUGCACAACAGACAUGUGUAGCAAUGAAUGAUGGAGCACAUUCUGAAACCUCACUGAAGGAGACCGACAAGAAUGAUUUCCCCGCUCUGUCCAGAGUUCCUCUCCCAUCAAACUCAACACUAAAAACUGCUAGUGAACAAGCAUCUGUUCAGCAGAUCUACAGCGAGAUCCGGGAUGACUCCACAUCAGGCUGCCCUGUUAACAACCUGAACGAUGAGGAAGAGUUUCCCACACUGUCACAAGCCACAAGAGUGGACAUAAUCAGCAUUCUGAAAGAUAGUCAGGAGACAUCUGUAGUCCCUCAAGUCUUUGUUGAGGUAAGGGAUAAGUCUGGUGAGGACAACCUGCCCUUGGUUGACGAAGAUGAAUAUCCUUCAUUAUUGACUCAGGGUGAUUCACUGUCAGAGAAGUCCAUCACUGCUGCUUCAAACACUGUUUCAUAUGCUAAAAUAAUCCAGGACGGACAAGCUAAAGUUCAGUUGAAACCUGCAGCAGUCAGAGUAUUUAAGGAAGGUCAGGUGUUGCCAAGUAGUUUGAUACAAGAAGGUGGAGAGGAGGGAGAAGAGAGUGAGGAGGAAGAAGAAGAAGAUAGUGAUGGGGAGGAGGAAGAGGAUGGAGAAGGGUGGAUAACUCCGUCCAACAUCCAGAAAGUGAAGAAGCAGAUGGGUGGUGGCGACGCUGAAAGGGCAGAUGUCACUGUUGGGUGUCUGACUACAGACUUUGCAAUGCAGAAUGUAUUAAUCCAGAUGGGUUUGAACGUCGUCUCAGUUGAUGGAAUGCUCAUUAAGAAAGCCAAGAGCUAUGUGCUUCGAUGUUUCGCCUGCUUCAAGGUAACAUCAAAAAUGGAAAAGUUGUUUUGUCCUCACUGUGGAAACCAUACACUGAAGCGUAUCGCCAUGACUGUACAGGAUGACGGAACCAUCAAGUACUUCUUCUCCAGGAGGAAGAAGCUCUCGUCAAGGGGACUAAAGUAUUCACUACCAACACCGAAAGGAGGUAAGCACGCCAACAACCCCAUUCUUGUGGCAGACCAACCAUUUCCUCAUCAGCGACCAACAAAGAAAUCUCUGAAGUCCAUGGAUGUGUUCGACCCAGAUUUCAUGGCUUCAGAAUCUCCCUUCUGUCGCAAUGAUGUCACAAGUCGGGCUGCGCAACUCGGUAUAAUGCGCCAAGGCCAGAACGGCAGGCGGCGGCAUCAGAUCGGGGUCAAGAAGAGCACGGGGAGGCGGAAAUAACAUGUCCUGUUUCAGCCUGAAUAAAAUGUGAUAUUACAA